UUUUAGGAGAUCGGUUUUUUUGGCAGCGGGUCGGGGCAGGUGGUCGGGUUUUUCAGGUUUGCGGGUCUAAAUGUGCAGCCCUAGGUCGAGGAGAGACCUAACUUUUCCAAGAAUGAUAUUGGAAACCUUUUCAUUUAGAGGAAUUAUACCACAUAGGCUGAAUAUUCUAUUUCUUAAUUUAAUAUAUCAUUAAAAUAUAUUUUUAUAGUAGAAAGAUAAAAUAAAACAUAAAAUACAAUUGUCAAAGGAAAUGGAUUCGAGAAGAUUAUGGAUUGAUUAAAAAAGUAAAAGAAAAUACAAAAUAAAAACUCCACUACAGCUCCAUACUCUCUCAUAGAGACACGCAUCUUAAAAGUCAACGAAGACCUAACCAAAAUGAAGGACCAGGUGGUCGAUGAAGCAGCAGAUAACUGAAGGGACAUAGCAAUUGUUCUGUUUGGGUGGUUUGUUGGUUCGGUUAGAUGACUAGCUUGCCGCUUGUUUUGGAGAGUGGGUUCCACGCCUUAUAUGUCCUUCAUAGUUCCAUGUCCCAACCUUAAUUUAUUUCUCUCUCUGUCUCUACCUAUAAAUAAUCAAAUCUUGCUACCGAAAAUGGUAUGCACCAGAAUACUCGAAACUUUUUCAGGAGAAAUCAAAGGGAACCAAUUCCAAUUUCAGGCAUGGCUUCAACUUCAAGCAAUGUCAAUUCUACUGAUGAUACAAGUGCUUUAUCCAUAAAACCUAAGAAUGGCCUUUCCAGAUCAACUUCGCUUUUGAACAUUACGGAAAGCGCAGCACAGAUACUUAUUCAACAGAAUCCAGUUCAGGGAACUGAUGAUCACGUUGAAAAGUUCUCUGAAGCUUCUACCAGCUUGUCACUCCCAGAGCAGCAUAGCAAUGAUAAAAAGAUAGAGAGCUUGGCUUCCCAAUCAGCUGAUCAAUUUGAACAGGGCAGUGGAAAUAAUGGAAAAUUGCCUGACGUGGUGGUCAAAGAUAAUGAUACAAGAAAGGCAUCUUUUAAACUGUCAUGGCGUGUGGAAGGUGAACAGAGUGAACAACACAAGCAUGACAUUGUCUCUUUUGAAAAUGGGAAUAUAACAACCACAAGGGGCAGAAGUAACCAGAUUUCUUUGACGUGGGCAUCGCAUCCCAUGACUGUACUUAUAUUUACAAAGCUAAAGUCACCUCCGGUGGAUCUUGUGUGUGAAGAUAUGGUUAGAUGGCUGAAGGAUUAUAAAAACUUGGAGAUUUAUGUGGAACCACGUGUGAGAAAAUAUCUUCUAGAAAAAUCACCUUACUUCGAAUUUGUUCAUACCUGGAGAGAUGGUGAUGAUACUGAAAUUACACUGCUUCACAAAGAAGUUGAUUUCGUUGUCACUUUAGGUGGUGAUGGAACUGUUCUUUGGGCGGCAUCCAAGUUCAAAGGACCAGUCCCUCCUGUUGUUCCAUUUUCAUUAGGGUCUCUGGGCUUCAUGACCCGUUUCGAAAGUGAAAGGUACAAAGAAACCCUUGAUUCAAUUUUAAAGGGGCCAAUUAAUAUAACACUGCGACAUCGUUUAUUAUGCCGUGUUAUCAAAUAUCCUACUAAAAGUAGUGAUGAUGAAACUGAAGAUUACACACUUGUUCUUAACGAGGUUACAAUUGACCGCGGUGAAUCAGCGUAUCUCACCUUUCUAAAUUGCUUCUGUGACGGUUCCUUUCUCACAUCUGUCCAAGGUGAUGGCUUGAUUCUAUCCGCAACAUCUGGGAGUACUGCAUAUUCAUUGGCUGCCGGAGGAUCAAUGGUUCAUCCCCAGGUUCCUGGAAUACUGUUUACCCCAAUUUGUCCUCAUUCACUGUCGUUUCGACCACUGAUAAUGCCAGAGCAUGUAAAAAUACGUGUGGAAGUGCCAAGAAAGAGCAGAAGCCAUGCGUGGGCAUCAUUCGAUGGGAAGGGGAGGAUAGAGUUAAAGCUUGGGGAUGCACUUGAGAUUAGUAUGGCCCCAUGGCCUGUUCCCACAGCUUGUCUAGAAAACUCAACUACCGACUUCUUCAACAGCAUACAUGAAGGCCUCCAUUGGAACCUUAGGAAAGCCCAGAAUUUCGACGGCCCAACUGAUUUGAAUUAACGGCGCAGAUGUCACUAGUGCCUAAUGUGUUGGAGCAACAGUACAACUCUCAGCCCAUAGAUGAAUCAAACAAAGGCUCAACAUCUGAAGGAUUAUAAUCACUAUACCAAUGGUUCUCGGGCAUAUAUAAUAAAUAUUUUUAUACGUGAGUCAAGUGCCAUUCAUUAUUUUAUCUUUUUGUUGGCAAGGUCAACUGUCAUUCGUUAAUUACUCUUCAAUGUAUUUUCAGCGAGUACGUAUAAAGUAUCAAGUGUAAUAUGUGAUUUCCCAUUAUUUAAUACUCUUCAAUAUAGUAAUAUGCUUUGUAAAAUUAAAUGUAUUUUUAUUAAGCUAAUUAGUAUUUUUUUUCCCCUACU